UCUUAUACUGCGAGGAUUAGCUCAAUUUGAUACAUUACAACCUUCAGUACAAAUAUAUAUAUUUCAUAUAUAUUCUCAUACACAUAUAUUUGUUUACUCAGUUAUCAUUUUUUACCGUUUCUAUGGCAACGUUGGUCAUUCAACUGAACCCUUAAUUUCCAAACUUUAACUUCUUAUUAUUAUGUUGGUUUCAAAUCUUGAUCAUUGUGAUUUUUAUUAAAAAUAGCCUUAAUUUUAUAUUGCAUUUUUUCCCGCAUUGGUUGAGGCGUGCAAAAGUGCACGAAGUUUACUUGCUUAUAAUUGGAAGCCGAUGCUAAAAUUCGUAAAAUCUUAAUUCAAGGCUGAAAAAGAAUGGUUAUUUAAUGGUCGUUUGAGAAGGAAAUCUUCCCGCUGCGGGUUUAAUGAUUCAUUUCGAAUCCCACUGAUACUUAAAGCUUGUUUUUGUUUUGUUUUAAGUGUUUAUUUUCAUCCUCUAAAUAUCAUUUCGUUGGGUAUUUACUGAUAAUGCUUUCCAGAAAGAUCCGUGACCCGCGCUGUAGUUUCUUUGAUCUGUGUUAAUUAAGUUUCAAUCUAUAUUUGACUGAAUUAAAAUACAUGGCAGAAUCUUGGCAGAAAUGGCAGAAAUGAAAUUUUGCGUGAUUAAAAGUGAAUCUACUCGAAUGGCGCUUUAUAUAAAUCCUGUGACCCACGAGUGCUAGACGAGUGCUAACAAAUCACGUCGCUUGACUUCUCCUAAUCCAACCUUUURGUAUAUAUACGCUGGUUAGAGUAACACAGAUCAAUUACAUCGCUUCCCUGCAGAGCGAGAUAGCUAGAGAAAGGUUUUGGGAAAAGCAAUUACAAUCGCCCGGUCAUAAGAUGCUAAGUCCUACAGAUAUUGCUAUCAUGUCGUUCUUCAUAUUCCUCAUCGUCGUUGACAUCGUAGGUAACAUCCUAUUGGUUUACAUCAUAAUAUCGACUCCCAAGCAGCAACGACAAGUGCGUGACAUCAUCGUGUUGAACAUGAGUGUCGCUGACAUCAUGGUGGGCGUGUUCUUUUUCCCUCGUCACGUGUUACGUCACGCAUUCACUUAUCCCUAUGGCGUGACCGGUGAUUGGUUGUGUAAGUUCGUCACAGGAGGUAACUUUUCUUGGGUUGGUUCAACAGCAUCUAGUUUUUCAGUCAUCGUGCUGGCGUUUGAGAGGUAUUUUGCAGUGAUUUAUCCUUUCAAGCAGCGCUUCACCCUCAAGAAAGUCAAGAUGACAGUGAUUGUUUGCUGGCUGUAUGCUGUUAUUUUCAUGUCUCCUUUGUUCUUCGUUGUCGUUUACAGCAAGGCAGGAAAUUCUUGUAUCGAACACUGGACCAAGGAGUCGGAGGCAUCAGCGUUCUCGACCCUGACGCUCAUUUUUCUGCUCAUUAUUCCUGUGGCACUCAUGGCGUUCUUAUAUGGGCGUGUUAUUCGAAAACUUUGGUUUGGAAAAAGCCAAUCAACUGUGCGCCCUGCGCAACAUUCCGUGAUCAAGUCACGCAAGACUGUCACGAAGAUGCUCUUGAUCGUGACAGUAGUGUAUAUCAUUUGCUGGUCAUCAGACCUCAUUAUUUACAUGCUGCUAGCAUCAUCGUGGAAUAGCAAAGAUCCAAAAUACAGUCUACCUGAAGCGCUCGUUCUUCUAAACUCGGCUGUCAAUCCAAUUAUCUUCAUUGUUUACAGUCAGCGGUUUCGUAAACAGCUCAUGCGCAUUCUGGGCCUUCGACGUAAUGAUGUUUCUACGCUAGAAGGGGAUCAAUGUCAUAGCACGAGAAAGAUUACUAAUCAACCCCCAGAAGAGAUGCGCGUUGAGACGCUCAGUAGUCAUGCAUUCUGAUUUGACAAGAAAAACGAAGGAUAUAUAAACCACACGUGUGCAGAACAUUUGUAGAGCCUUGAUCGCAUAAUACAUUGACGAGAAAAUGUUAUGUCCUAUACAACCGAGUUUUUAGAAUUACAUAUUUUUCGUUCUGUAUUCGAUCAUGUAAUAUCAGUGCUCGUCUGAUUCGGAUACAAGCUUUAAAACGAAACGGCAUCUUGCAGCACAUUUUAGGGAUUUUCUAGGGUUAUGUUUUGGAUAGUGACACUGAGAAAGUUGCAAAGAUGCAAUUUUUAAAGACAUUUCAUUUGUGCGGCCCACCCAAGUAUCUUGCAUCUGGCACAAUAUUUUUCAGGAAUUUCUGGGAAUUUUCCUGAUAGUGAAUAGUAUUGAGAUAGUUGCAAAGAUGCGCUUUUUAAAGUCAUUCCAUUUGUGCCGCCCACCCAAUCAAGUAUCUUGCAUCUGGCACAAUAUUUUUCCGAAAUUUCUGGGAAUUUUCUUGAUAGUGAGAGUAUUGAGAUAGUUGCAAAGAUGCGCUUCAUAAAAUCAUUUCAUGUGUUGCCGUACGGUCAACCAAGGACACAAGACAGCGAUGUGUACAUUGAUUUGUAUAUACCAUGCAUUUAUAAACAUGUAUAUAAUAAACAUUACAAAUAUUUAUUUAUAAACAGAUGGCAGCAAAACGAUUCUUCAUAGAAACUGAGCUUUUUGUCUUGGAAAUACCAACUACAAGUUGCUAAUAAUGAAGGACGUCUAUUUUGACAACUAAUUAGAACUGUUAAUUUAGCUAAAUUGUUAAGUCCUUGGACCAGCAAGUAUUUUACAGAUGCUGUGUGUAUAUGUCAGUAUGUGGGUGUAAAUAUGCUUUUUUUAAAGUUAACGUUUUAAGAGAGAAUUCUUUUCGUA